CAGUACCAGCGCGCCCGGACGCAGUUCGUGCAGGCGGUGGCCGAGCUCGCCGCCCGGCCGCAGAACAUCGAGACCCUCCAAAACGCAGUCUGGCCCCUGAUUUCCCAAGGCUUUCUCCCCGCGGGGUCUGGCGUUGUCCCCCGACACGGGGACGGGCUCGGCGAGUCCCGCGCGGCGCGGUGGGAAAGUGCGCUGCGCUCGGGAGCUGCGUGGGCUCGUCUGCGGCGUGGUUUCUGCGUGUGUGGUGAGAAGUGUUUUGUACCUAUGAAAAUGGGCAGAAACAUUGGUAUGCAUUGGCAGUGCUAUCCAAGUGCUGACUUCAUUUCAGUGGAACACCUGGAUUUCCUACAAGUUCUUAUCACCUGGAAGAGUAAUUUAAUAGGUUUUUGUGAAUAAAGGCAAAUGUUUAGAAAAAUUUCUGCUUACCAAAUGGGCUUUUCUCUUCCUGGUGUAACUCAGGUGUAAUGUCUUUGCUGAGACCUCUUUUGCUGGAUGUCAUCCCAACUAUUCAACAGACUGCUGCUUUGGCUCUUGGGAGACUUGCCAAUUAUAACGAUGACCUGGCAGAGGCUGUCGUGAAGGGAGAUAUUCUUCCACAGCUCGUGGGUUCAUUGUCUGAGCAGAAUCGUUUCUACAAGAAAGCAGCUGCAUUUGUGCUAAGAGCAGUUGGUAAACAUUCUCCACAAUUAGCUCAGGCAAUAGUUCAUUGUGGAGCACUGGAAAUGCUUGUGAUUUGUUUGGAAGAUUUUGACCCUGGAGUCAAAGAAGCUGCAUCUUGGGCACUUGGGUAUAUUGCCCGACACAAUUCAGAACUGUCACAAGCUGUGGUGGAUGCAGGAGCUGUUCCUCUUUUAGUGCUCUGUAUCCAGGAGCCAGAAAUUGCUUUGAAAAGGAUUGCUGCUUCAACUCUCAGUGAUAUUUCAAAGCAUUCUCCAGAGUUAGCACAGACAGUAGUGGAUGCAGGAGCUAUCCCUCACUUAGCUCAGAUGAUCCUGAACCCUGAUGCUAAACUGAAGCGUCAGGUGCUGUCAGCUCUAAGCCAAAUAGCAAAGCAUUCAGUGGAUCUUGCAGAGUUGGUGGUUGAAGCAGAAAUUUUCCCCGUUGUGCUCACAUGCCUGAAGGACUCAGAUGAAUAUGUCAAGAAAAAUGGUGCAACUUUAAUUAGAGAGAUAGCAAAGCAUACGCCUGAGCUUUCACAGCUUAUAGUAAAUGCAGGCGGAGUUGCUGCUGUGAUUGAUUGUAUUGGCAACUGCAGAGGGACUGUCAGACUGCCUGGCAUCAUGAUGCUUGGUUACGUAGCAGCUCAUUCGGAGAACCUGUCAAUGGCAGUGAUUGUCUCCAAGGGAAUACCACCACUGUGUGCCUGCUUGAUAGAAGAACCUGAAGAUCAUAUUAAGGCAGCAGCUGCUUGGGCCUUGGGACAGGUUGGAAGACAUACUCCUGAGCAUGCACGUGCCGUUGCAGUAGCAAAUGUGCUACCCACACUGCUUGCUAUGUAUAUGGACACAUGCAGUUCAGAAGAUCUUCAAAUGAAAACUAAAAGAGCCUUAAAGACCAUCCUUCAGAAAUGCACAUAUCUUCCAGCACUUGAACCAUUGCUGCAUGAUGCCCCUCCCAAUAUUAUGAAACAUAUUGUUGGGCAGUUUAGUAAGGUGUUACCACAUGACAGUAAAGCGCGUCGUCUCUUUGUAACAACUGGUGGACUUAAAAAGGUUCAAGAAAUAAAAGCAGAACCUGGGUCACUUCUUCAGGAAUAUAUCAACACUAUUAACAAUUGCUACCCAGAGGAAGUAGUAAGGUAUUAUUCCCCUGGAUAUUCUGAGAUACUUCUGGAAAGGGUGGAAAAUUACCAUCCAGUUUUAUAAACUUCAAUUUUUUAUUAGAGCUGUAUUUCACAUUUAUGCCUUUAUGACUGUAAUACAAAUACAGCUGUUGAAACUCUUGUUUGAUUCUGAAAUUUCCUUCUACUGUGUGAACUACUGACAGAGCCCAGCAAUUCCAGCAAGCUAUAUUUUGUUCUUUAUAAACUUGUUUGUUGCUAAGUUUUUGUUCCUUUUUGUUUUUCUCUAACAUUACUACCAGAUAUUGCUGCAUAUAUGAAUGGAAUUUCAUGCAGGGGUGAUGAUUUAUCAUAGAAGCUUUUUUAGAAUCAGUCAUUUCCUUUUCCUUCCACAAGAAAGGUUUGUUAUUAUCUCAUUCAAAUUUUAGCCUUCUCAGUACUGUAGACAUUUUCCCCUUUUGCCUUUGCAUAUUGUUUAGAGCUUCCCAAGCUUGGUGAGGGGGAAAAAGCUGGCCCCUGUGCUUUUUCUAAUUAUGGAUCCAUUCUGCACUGAGAUAUCUCCUACUGCUACCUUUCAGAAAGUAAAUUGAUGUAAUUUUGCAUCUCCAAACAUGUUAGUAGCUGCUAAAUAAAGAAAUAAUCAGA